AUGGCCUCCAUCACGAAAUCCUACCUGAUUCUGUACAAUUUCGUCUCCGCCGGUCUUUGGACCGUGGUCCUCGCACGCACCGCAACAAUAGCCAUCUCCGCUGGUCCCGACAAGGUCUUCCCUGAGCUCGAUGAAUAUGUGCGACUGGUACAGACUGGGGCAUUACUGGAGGUUGUGCACAGUCUAGUCGGACUCGUUCGAGCACCUCUCUUCACGACCCUAAUGCAAGUCGCGUCAAGACUUCUUCUUGUAUGGGGCAUCGCGUAUACAUUCCCGUCAGCAACCGCACAAAGUCCUACUUAUCCAUCCAUGCUGGUUGCGUGGUCUGUGACUGAAGUCAUAAGGUAUUCGUACUUCGUAUUCAACCUCGUUGGGAGCAUUCCGGGUGCCUUGACGUGGUUGAGAUACAACACCUUCUUCAUUCUAUACCCUCUCGGAAUUACAAGCGAGUGCUGGUGUAUAUACGAGGUGAUCAGGAGAGGCGCCGCGAAAAAGAUUGAUCAGAAGCUGGAAUUCGCGCUUUGGGCAGUACUAGUAAUCUAUAUCCCCGGCGCAUACAUACUAUAUACACAUAUGAUGAAGCAGCGACGAAGGAUCAUGCGUGGGAAGCAAAAGGCGAAAUAA